CUGUGGCUGAUCUCUCGUGCUCUCUCCACCCACCUCCUUGGUUCAACCCUCUUAAGACACCAUAAAUCUCUCUUUUCUCUGCUCAUUUUGGUUUCAAUCAUGGAUUUUUUAGUGCUUGUAGUCCUUAUCUUGGCCAUGACUGGUUACACAAGUGCAAAUUGGUGUGUUUGUAGGAGUGAUGUGAGUGACACAGCUCUUCAGAAAACCUUAGAUUAUGCUUGUGGAGCUGGAGCUGACUGCACACCCAUCCUCCAAAAUGGGGCUUGUUACCAACCUAACACUGUAAGGGGUCAUUGCUCUUAUGCUGCCAACAGCUACUUCCAGAAGAAGGGUCAAUCUCAAGGGACCUGUGAUUUUGCAGGCACUGCCCAAGUUUCCACCAAUGACCCUAGCCCUGGUGGCACUUGCACAUUCCCUGCAACCGCAAGUGCUGCAGGAACCAGUACAACCCCAACAACUGGAACACCAACGACCACAACUCCGACUACAGGAACAACUACAUCUACCACUCCCACCACCAGCACAGGCGGCACAACUCCCACAACUACCAGUGGAGGAAUCAUAGGAGGGAUUGGGUCUGGUUUAGGCCCCUCAGGUGUUGGCAUAAACUCAGAUACAACCAGUGAUGGUGGUCGCCUUUCCUUUCAACAACACAACUUCUUCUUCUUCUUCUUCAUAUCCCUUUUGCCAGUCUUUUGGUUCUCAGGACUCCAUUUGUUGUGGGGUUGAAGAAGAAUUGACA